CUUGUCACGACACGACUCCUACUUCAUUAAAAUAAAAUCAGGCUACAAGGCAGGUGUCAGUAGUCGCUAGCCAGUAGUCGAUCAGCCAUGAAAGUCCUUAUAUUGGAAUUCCGGAUUUUAGUUGUUAUCUUCUUCGCUUUUGUGUAUUGUCACAGCUCACCAGACUGUACACGCGAUGAAGAUUCGAAGCGGUUUGAUUGCUAUCCUGACAUUGGAGCCUCCGAAGACAAAUGUCAGGAUCGUGGAUGCUGUUGGAAAGACGCAAGCAAUGCGUUAUACGGAGGAAAGGUUCCUCUCAACGUACCAUAUUGUUUUUACCCAAAAAACUUUGGUUAUGAGCUUGUGAAUCAACAAGAAACCGACACAGGAUUUCUACUUGACCUUCAAAUGCAACAGCACGGACCAUAUGGUGGAGAUGUUGUGAAUCUUAAAGUUGAUGUUCGCUUAGAAACGGAAUAUCGUGUUCAUGUUAAGAUCUAUGAUCCCAACAAUCAGCGUUACGAAGUUCCCGUGGAAACACCAAAGAUCACAAAGAAAAGUUCUGAACAGGACUAUCUCAUCAGUUUUACUCAUUAUCCAUUUGGUUUUGCAGUCACCAGAAAGUCGACCGGUCGCGUGCUCUUCAACUCUACAGCUGGAGCGAUGAUUUUUGAAGAUCAGUUUUUACAACUGUCUACUUUCCUUCCAUCAACUAAUAUUUAUGGUCUUGGUGAACAUGUUGACAGUUUUAAGCUAAACACAACGUGGCAAAAACUGGUUAUGUUUGCUCGUGAUGGUGGAACACCAUACGGUGGAAUCAACUUGUAUGGUGUUCAUCCAUUUUAUGUUAAUAUUGAACCCGAUGGAAACGCCCACGGAGUAUUCUUACUUAACAGCAAUGCUAUGGAAAUCGUCUUGCAGCCAACACCAGCACUGACAUACCGUACUAUCGGUGGAAUUUUAGACUUCUAUAUAUUUCUAGGUCCAGAACCGGAUUCUGUCGUCCAACAAUACACCGAAGUGAUCGGACGUCCAUUCCUGCCUCCAUAUUGGUCUCUUGGAUUCCAUCUCUGCCGUUGGGGAUAUGAAACCUCAAAUCAAACUCAAGCAAUUGUGAACAAAAUGCGGCAGUAUGGCAUCCCCCAAGAUGUGCAGUGGAACGACAUUGAUUAUAUGAAUAAUCAUUUUGAUUUCACGAUAGAUCCUAAAAGAUUUGCUGGCCUUCCAGACCUUGUCAAUGAUCUCCAUGAACACAAUCAGCACUAUAUCCCUAUUACAGACCCAGGGAUUCCAAAUUCUGAUCCUAAUUAUGCCCCUUAUAGUGAUGGUCUUAAAGUCGGAGCAUUUGUUUUGAAGCCGAACAGCGAUGAUCCCUUGGUGGGAAAGGUCUGGCCUGGAAAUACGGUCUUCCCUGACUUUUUCAACACGAAAACAAUCCAGUAUUGGCAAGAUCAGUUACAGAGUUUUCACGAUAAGGUGAAGAUUGAUGGUCUAUGGAUAGACAUGAACGAACCUUCUAAUUUCGUGGACGGUUCCAUCUCAAAUCCAUCCUGUCCUAAAUCGUCAUACGAAGCACCACCAUACGUUCCGGGUAUUAUGGGAGGUCAUUUGACGGCUAAAACAAUAUGCAUGGGAGCAAAACACGCAAUUGGCAUACAUUACAAUUUGCACAGUCUAUAUGGACAUUCUGAAUUGGAAGCCACUGCGAAAGGUCUUCAGAAUAUUUUGAAGAAACGGACUUUGGUAAUCUCGCGUUCAACAUUUCCGAGUAGCGGAAAAUACGGAGGACAUUGGUUAGGAGAUAACAACAGUCAAUGGCCCGACAUGAGCUACUCUAUACCAGGUAUACUAGAUUUUAAUCUCUUUGGUAUUCCUAUGGUUGGCGCUGAUAUUUGUGGUUUUAAUGGAAACACCCAGAAAGAAUUGUGUACGCGAUGGUUACAGCUUGGAGCGUUCUAUCCGUUUUCACGAAAUCACAACACAAAAGGUGCAACUGCUCAGGAUCCUGCCUCGUUAGGUCCAGAUGUAGCAGCAAUUGCUCGCAAAACGUUCUUAAUUCGUUACAGUCUUCUACCCUAUCUUUAUACCUUAUUCUACAAAGCCCAUGUCCAAGGAAGCACUGUCGCCCGCUCACUGGUGUUUGAAUACCCGAAAGACCCAAAUACUUAUCUCAUUCAGUCUCAGUUCCUCUGGGGACCUGCGCUAUUAAUCUCACCUGUCCUCACACAGUCCUCCGUUCAAGUCGAUGCCUACUUCCCCGAUGACGUGUGGUAUGAUUUUUAUACUGGAAAAGCUUUAACGGUUCGAGGGCAACACGUUACACUGGACGCGCCUAUUGAUAAAAUUAAUUUGCAUAUUAGAGGAGGCUAUGUUAUCCCAAUGCAGGAUCCAUCAACAACAACCGCAGCAAGUCGUAAGAAUCCCUACUCUCUUAAAGUUGCUUUAAGUUCUUCUGGUGAUGCAGUUGGUGAUCUUUACCUUGAUGAUGGUGAAAGCCUAGAUACUAAGGAGACUUUACUGGUUAAAUUUACAGUCCAGUCGAGAACUCUCACCUCUUCACCAACACUGGCGGGAUAUUCUCCUUUGGCUAAAGUCGGCAAUGUUACCAUUCUUGGAGUGAUGCCGAAACCAAGUCAAGUAUCAGUCAAUGGAAAACAAACGCCAUUUAACUACGAUUCAUCUUCAAAAAUUCUAGGCCUUGGGGCAUUAAAUUUGAGCCUUGUUGACAAAUUUGUCAUAACCUGGCAAUAAUUAAUUUCAUUACACCGAUUCGCACCGGACAUUUAAUUCGUACAAAUAUUCGUGCUUACCUAUAUUUCCACAUAAAGCAUAAUUGUAAUAAACGUCAAGGUUAUAUAUUUCAUUUUGAAUGAUUCUAAUAAAGACUAUAAUAAUACUGAAAUAGUAAAACUUUUAAGAAUAUUAUAUUUUAAAAUGGACCUAUAUGGAGACGAGCAUGUUUUGAUUAAUGAACGUUGAAAAUAAUUUUGGUUUAAUAAUCGUAUAAUAAUAGAAAAAUAAAGGUAUAAUUAUUUCGUCGCCAAAGUAUUCAUCAAUGUUCAGGACCAGGGGUGGGAGGGGCCAGCAACC